CCUCAGCACACCUACCAAACGGGGGAGAAUGUAUUCAAGGAUGUUGAAGAAUGGUGUACACCGUUUUGGGAAAACGACGUUAGGUAGGCCUACAAACCGUCAUGAAACGUAGUAAACGUUGAGGCGAACUGAACGUACAUUUGCCUAGAUUUCAGGUAGGCGACAUUCCCUGUGAUUUGAGAACAACAAGGUAUGACAGGAGGACAUUUGCAUAGAUCUCCGCCCCCAAUGCUUUCGUUGCGUAGUAGUACAACACAAAACACCUUCACAGUUCUCAAAGUUCAGUAUUUCAGAGACUGGACCUAGUUAGUUUACUCUGCUACAAUAUUUUAGUGUUAGACGUUCGCACGCGCGCACUCAUUAUCUAGCCAAAGUUUCAACCUGGGUGGAAUUUAUUCUUCGCACUCGCAGCAAGAUGUCUAUUCAGAAUACCUCCACGUUAUACAGGACCGUCAGCGUGUCGUCGGACCCAGCCUCCACAGUUCUAUCGCCGGGCCAAUACAUCGACGGUUACAGAACUAUGAGUGUUUCGUCUGCUCCGGUACAGUAUGGCAUCGGUAAUGGCUACGAUACCGUGCGCUACCUAAUGCCAGUUCAGCAGGCGAGUCAGCAGCAGCAGAUGCAGUAUGUGCUGGUCAACCAGCCCCCCCAGGUUAUGCAGCAGAUGGUGUCACCUGUAUAUUUGCAGAAUAUCCAGAGGGUCCGUGUAAAUAGUUUGGAAGAAUCAGACAUCUACCGAGAACAAAUUGUAGAGAACGUCAAUGGGAAAACCCCUUCUGUAUUCAGUCAGAUGUCUAGCUCCAUCAAGAGCCCUGAGCCUAGUGUUGAAGAGGAGGAGGAGGAAGAGGAGGGGGAGGUGGAGGAGGUUAAAGAGGAGAUGGUGAACAUCGUUAAGGAGAAUGUGGUGAAGAGGGUGAUAGAGACCGUGUCUCAGGUGGGGAUAAAGAGUGAGGUGAGGGAGGUAGUGCCUGUGGUGAAGAUGGACACACGUUUCUUCGGAGAGCUGCUGGCGGAGGUUUACAGGAAGAACUGUGACAUCCAUACCUGCAUCUCAGAACACGUGGCCAAGAUACGUGGAAGGUGUGUUUUGAUUUUCUCAACAUAUAGCCAUAUUUAUAUAGCUUUUCCCCCCAGCACAACACGUAACAGAAUCAAUAAGAAAGAAACAAGACAGAAACCCAAGGGAGAGGGCAAAUCUAGAUCCUACUGAACUGUCCAGACUAGGCUACAGUAUGAAAUACAGUGGCGUGGCACACACCCCCUCAG